AAGUAAGCGUGCUGUGCGCUGGUGGUGUGUGUGGUAGCACUGCUGUCUUAGGGUAACAGCAAUCUCAGUUUCACCUGGUGGCUUAUGAAAGCCAUGGAAAAGCCAGACCUUCUAGAGGUGAGGGACUCAUUCCCACCCUCUCCAUCCAGAUGGUCUUCCUGGCCUUUGAUGCGUGAGAAGCGUUAUCUUAAAAAGACUUUGCAUGAAUGUUCCUGGUUGUGAGCUGUUGCUGUUGUCACAGUCAUCUUCAGAAAAACUUCACAGAAGUGAAGAUACCUUGUCCAUCUUGCAGCUCAGCCUCUAUUUAAAUGUCCAUUGACAGUACCUGUUAUUUUCAGUUUGAAGACAAGGUGUUUGAAAUGCCAAGCUAACAAAGGACUUAAUUACAAAAGCUUUCAAUUUCAAGCUAAGAUGUUGGUAACUUACAGCUUUUCUCUCUUCAGAAUCUUUCACGCUUUAGGUUUUGUUUGUCUAUGGCUGCAGAAGACCUGAAAGAAGAACGGAAGCCAAAUGGGUCGGCUCUGGUCUGCUUAACCAAAGCAUUCCUCGCAUUGCUUUGACUCCAGUCCUGCGUGAAAGUAAAAGAGCAGCCUUGUUGAGAUAUGUAUCAGUUGCACUUGAUUGUUGAGAUGGCUGCAUCUACUCCUACAGAAUCUAAUGGAUCUAAUGGAGUUUAGUAGACUGCUGUGAAGUGUCUAACAAGUUUGAAAUUUCUUUCCAAUCAUAAUUCAUGCUGAAAUUCAGAUUUCUGACUAACCACAUUUGCGUUGUGCUAGUUCAGGUACGCACUCUGCUGUCACAAGUAUCUUGUGUUGUUGGAUUUGUUGAGAUUUUCUCCUGUUUCCUGAACAGUCUCAACUUUUCCUUUAGGAGUUGCGUACAACCCAUGGAAACUACUUGUUUCCACAACUCAGGGUAGGCAAAAUCAGCUCUGAAGCUUGAAACGUUCAUUUGCUGUUCACAGUAGUUAGCAAAUGUGAGUGAAGUACUGUUAUCUAGAGGAUGCAUUUUGCUGUUUUACUUCCCAUUUCAAGUACAGAGUCAUGGUGAAGCCUGAUUGCCUGCUAUGCUCCUAAGUUCCUCUAAAAAGCAGAGAAGUUUCUGAGAUACUGUUCAAAAUUGCUUUCUUGCAAGUUUCCAAAUUAACUUGAGGAUGAACAAGAAAGUUAGCAACCAUGCUAAGGAGUUGUGGACGAUGGCGAUUACUAGGUGAGGUAAGAUUCCUGGAUUGUAUGGAAGCUUCUUGUUUGACAUAGAAAAGAACUUUGGAAAUUUGCUAUCUUGAGGCUUUUUUUUUCCUGACUUACUGUGUCAUUCAAAGAGGCCUGGAAAGCCCAGUGAGGACUAGCUUUGCAGCACCACGUUGCCGGUUGAUAACGCUACAUGCCAUUUGCUUUCCUUCUCUAGGAAGAGAUGCUAAUUUUACCAGUCUCCAGUUCCCCGAACUUAACGAAGAAUUGUUUUAAAAUUCUCCGUUAGUUUUUUUUGACGCAGCAGCUGGUUUUGAUUGAUAGUUUUAUGCUCUUGUCAGCAGUUCAGGCACAAGAGAAGCGCAGGAGAAGUUGAGACCACUGUCCUCCCUCAGCCCUAUUUACUCCAGCUCAUGUUUCUGGUGCUUCGGCAAGAAUGUUGGUGAUUCGUUUGUCAGUGGUGAUCAAGCUUUUCUUCCAGCUGGAUGCAUCUGUUUGUCCUGAGAAAUGCGACUGCUCUUUCAAAAAUGCAAUUCAUUGCUCUGGUCCUCACGUAAAAGACCUGGAAUCAUUAAAUCUGCCUUGCAACAUGACAAAAAUUCACAUAACAAACACUAAUGUAACAUACGUGCAGGAUGUUUUCUCUGGGAUGGGAGAACUGCAGCAUCUCGUCUUAUCUUCAAACAAUAUCGCUCUGAUUUCACCAAUGGCAUUUAAAGGCUUGAGAAGGCUUCAGGCCCUCAAACUGCUUGAUAACAAACUGGUUGAACUUCCUCCAGAAGUGUUCAGUGACACGGUACACCUUCAACAACUGAUCAUUGAAAAUAACAGGCUGAAAUCCAUCCAAGAGAAUCUGUUUGACAGACUAGGCAGUUUGGAGGAGCUUUUCUUGAACAAAAACCAACUAAGAACACUUCCCAGUGGUGUGCUGAAGAAGCUUGCCAAACUCAAAGUACUGAAUUUGUCAAGAAAUUCUUUGGCAGCGCUGCCUAGAAAUAUAUUUAGUGCAUUAACUAAGCUUGAGAAGCUGAUGUUGUAUUUUAACAGGCUCUCUUCAAUAGAAUCUGGUAUAUUUGAUAGCCUGAGGGAGCUGCUGGAACUCUUUCUGCAUUCCAAUGACAUUCAGUCUAUUGCCCCUGAUGUAUUUCAUCACCUUCAUAAACUUAGAAGCCUAACGCUCUCCAGAAACAAGCUUGAGAUUUUGCCUCCUGGGCUCUUUCUGCAGUUGCGUGAUCUGUCUAAAUUGACCUUAUAUGGGAACCCACUGAAGUCUCUUCCAGAAGUGUUGUUUGGAGAAAUGAGGAAUCUCGGUAGCCUGUGGCUGUAUCACACAAAGCUCUCAACGAUACCAGAUUUUGUGUUCAGUAACUUGACAAAUUUAGAGCUUCUUGUGCUGAGUUUUAAUCCAGACCUUAGCGUUCUUCCCGAGAAUGUAUUCAGCGGUCUGAAAGAACUGCGGGGCCUUUCUCUGCAUACAAAUAAUAUUUCCAGUCUGCCAGAGGGCAUCUUCCGGAGCCUUCAGAAGCUGCAGAAUGUUUCUCUUUUCAGUUCCAGGCUUCAGGUUCUUCCAAGAAGCCUCUUCCAUGAUCUCAAGCACCUUCAGAAAGUUUACCUCAAUAGUACUAAGCUGCAGUCUCUUCCUGAAGAUCUGUUUACCGCUUUACCUGAGCUGCAAGAAGUCUUUCUUGACAACAACCCUUGGAAAUGCGAUUGCCAAAUUCUUGGCUUCCGAGAGUGGCUCCGAAGGAGCAUGGAGAUAGUAAAAGAAGCGCAAUCUCUAAUGUGUGACAGCCCACUCUCACUAAGGAACAUUUCUCUUAUGGCUCUAACAGAUCGCCACCUGAAGUGCCUGCCAACCACAGCCGUUACAUACCGGAUGUUCAAGUCAGCUUAUUCCCCGACUUUGACUUCUCUUGCCAUGGAGCACUUGAAAUUGCCUUGGGAGACGACUGUCACAGCAGUGUCUGACAUAGAUACCAGCACACCUACAUCAGUUGUGGUUGCAAGAGCAACUCCAGGUUUUACCUAUUCACACCUUCAAGACGUUGAAGGCUCUGGCUCUUAUUUCUUAGAUGUUCCAGCCCAAACUUCUCCCAACAUCAUAGAAACCAAUGGCGUCAGAGGAACAGUUCUACCUACUCUUGCCCAGUGGGAUGAAUUGGCUGCUCGCAGGAGUACCAAGCCCUAUUUUAAUACCAGAAUUGUUUGUUGUCGGCUGUUCUUGUUCCUUCACAGUUUGGUUUUAGCACUCCAGACUGUCAUAAUUGUGCUCAGUCUGUAUGUGGUGGUUAAAACCAGGCAACUCUUGCACUCCAGAAAUGUUCCUGCUCAGCCUGUAGUUCUGAUAAAAUUUGUAAAACAGUAGAGAAUACCAGUCACUGGGAGCAUUUGGGCAGUUAAUGUUUGGUUCAGAUAUGGCUUACGAAUCUUCACAGCAAGAACCGUAAACACCUUGUCUCUACAGCAUAACAAAAAUGUGCUUUCAUAUACCUUAGUGUUUGCCUAAAGUGACUGUAGUCACUGUACAGUGCAAUGGCACUUGGUGUACAAAACACAGAUGGAGAGCUGAAAGAAAAUCCAUGACCGCCUCCGCACACAGCUCUGCCCUUCAGUCAGCGUGCUGCUGCCUUCCUGCUUUGGACUGCAGCCCUGUCCCUGCCAGGGCUCUGCUCGCUGCUGUGCUCCCGCUGCUUCCAUGGAAGUGGCACCUCCAUGUGGCUGGGUUGUGGGAGAGAGCUCUCUGUUGGCAAGGAAGAAAUGGGGACAGCACAGGGGGGUUUACACGGGAGCACAGCUUUAACUGUUGUUUGAAGGUUGCCUGGAGUACUCCAAAUAUUAUUAUGCCUUACACUGCCUGCAGUGUUUUGUGUCCUUAUUGAGAAAACAAAUGGUAUUUUUGGGAGGAUGUGUUGGAAAAUAGCUUUUAAAAAGGGCAGGAGGGAGAGGGGGGAGUGGAAGUGAGGGCGGAAUGGUGUCAUGCAAGUGUCUUUGUUUUGGCUUUCUAUUCUCAGCCCCAGUGCAGGAUGUGUGAGGAAGAAGGUAAUGCCCAUUACCAUAUGAAGCUGAUAGUCUUCCUCUAUCUUAGAGGAAGGUAAGAUGGAUGCUGGUCUAGAAGUAUACUCUUGAUGUAUUCUUUGUUUUUGAAACUUUGUCACGUUCCUUAAAACUCAGCUUUGUAGUAAAUGCUUUCAUCCUUACAUUUUGACCUCAGCGUGAAAAGCAUGGGACGACCUGCCUGGUGUUGCGGUGUGGCUUGAAACCGGUGCGCCAUGCAGAUGCCCAGGGCUGUGCAGCAUGGUGGCUGAGCAUCAGCAGGUGCCACUGCCUGUUUGGAGGCUGGCUGGGCAGCUGUUGGCCUUGUUCCCCAUUUCAGUGUGGAACUGAGCUGUGCUUCAUUGCACUCACUGUGUGUGCAGGCGUGACAAAGGCAUAUUCAGUGUCAGUAUGUCUUUCUCAUUACCUAGGCUUGCUCCCUGACUUCCAGCCCUUUUGAGCCUUUGAUAUGCAAAGGCAACUAACUAGUAGGUAAUAGUGUGGCUUUUGGUCUUCAUACUGAAAUAAUUACAAAUAUUUUGAAUGAGAUGAAUAUUCUAGUUUGCAGGUAGACUGGGAGCCGUCAGACAGCAGGUACUCCUUUGGUAGCUCUUGCUUUCAAGUAUUAGUUUUUAUCUUAACUAUGUGACUUAGCUUGUUCUUAACAGCUCUUCCCUUGUGCUCAGAAGCUGGGACUGGAUUAAUGAGCCCCUGGAUGUGGCUCCCUGGGUGUGAGACCCAGUGCUCUAGGAGUCCUUUUGUAGCCUUGUUUUUGAAGCAGGGCUGUUCCUGGGCAGCCUUGAGAUGGGACUUGGCAGACCUGAGGUUAACAGCACUGGCAUUUGCUGCAAGCUUGUAGCUUGUCCUGUGUUGUAUGCUGCUCUAGGCAAUGAGAAUAAAUCGCUGCUGGUGUGGAAUUCCUCUCGCAGGCUGUGAAAGAAGGCAGUGUCCUUCUGUAGAGUUAAACAACCAUCAUCUUGCUUGUGAGGCCUACCAAAAUAUAAUGAGCCUGGCAGUAGUUAGAGCCAUCUCUAAAGGAGGAGCAAUGUGACUUGCUGCAGCUGGCAUGAAGCAGGCUGGGUGGGAUUCAUGAACAGAAGCACCAGUUUAUUGCAGUGUAGUUAAAUGAGAAGCACGGAAACAAAGUGAAUGCUUUACUGGCAGUGGUUCUGGCUUGUUGCUAGCACUUGCAAGCAGGCACUUGGUACAAAUUUAGUUCUUGUGGGACAGUUGUACUGACCGCUCAGUGCCUGCCAGCUGCAGGGCUGUCAUGUAAGUGCCACGCACACAUCUGCAUACAGCAGGCAGGGGAUGAGUAAGCGAUGGGUGAGCGAGGACACUGCAUGGCUGCGCUGGUCAUUGCCUGCCUUGGUGUGGCACGGAGGAAAUGGGCUCACACUUGAACACGCACUGAUUUCUAAGAAAAAGCAACAGUUUAAUUGGCAUACAGCAGUAGUAGUGACUUAGAGCUGGCUCUCUGCAUGUCCGCUCUGCUGUGUGGGCAGGGUGCUGAGCAGCAGGUAAGCAGCAGCUGUUAUCUACUGAGCCUUCCAUUGGCCGCCCCAGCCCCAAACCAGGCCAGCUCUGCCUUGGCGUGUCUCCUGUGGCUCGCUAGCUGCAAUUGCUGCGCUCUGGCACGUGGGGGCUUUGGCACGUUGCUGUGUACAGCGAGGCACUAGGAGGACGAUGAUCUGUCUUUACAUGCUGUCAUCGGGCUUUCCCCACUCCUGAGCCAGACGGGGGAAGUGAAGUCAGCAGACAACAAAAGGCUGGAGCAAUGCGGCCGUGGGGUGUUUCACCGAGUCUUCCUUUCUUCCCUCUGAUGGAGAUGUCAUGUUUUGUUCUGCCUCUGAUUCAUUGCUUGUUGCCCAGUAUAGCUCAGCCCUUCCUGGAAACCACCUCUGGCCCGGAUAAUCAGAGGAAAUCCUUAUUUAGAUCCCAACUCCACUCACCCUGGCAAAAGGGUUCUCCAGGUCAGCGUCACAGAGAUGCAGCAGGUAGCAGGCAGCAGCGAGGGCUCCUCGGGAAAAGCCCAUGACAAGGUCUUCCCAGCAGUGGGGGCUCCUCAGGAAAAGCGCAUGGCGAGGUUUUUUCCCUAGCCCUGCUUUUGCUUCCUUACAUCCAGUCUAAACUUCCCCUGAGAGCGGUGGGGUUGGCCGAUGGUGUCCUGGUCCGGGGGUAGAUGCAUGCAAUGUCUGCCUGUGUGCUGCUUUUUCUUCCUCUUGCUGGGUCAAUGGCUGCACCUGGUAAGCCAAACCCUGUGUGCUGCGCCUGUGACCCCUAGUGUCCUCUGCCCUUCCCGCCUCACCUCUGCCACAUGAGAGACCACAGCACAGUGGCUGUUUGAGGACCUUUGUUACCACUCGCAGAGGUGACUACGCUCAGCAAUUCAACUAAAUGCAACUGGUUUGGAGGCUGAUCCCUCAGUGCAUGGAGGAGCGUGGCUGUACCUCUCCCAUCCCCGCCCUCUGGCACCAUCAGGAGCUGCAUCUCGCAUCCUGCUCCUCCCCAUCCCGGGGGCAAGGAGCAGCUGGGUGGUGGCAGACGUGCUGUGAGGCUUUGGCUGCAGGACCUCCAGCAGUGCUCUGCUGGAGCAGCACGUGUGGGAGCUGGCUGAGAGGCAGAAGCUUGGGAUCCUCUGGAUGACGUUAUGGGGAGUUGGCCGUGUGUCUCCCCCAGGCCAUGGACAGCACAUUUCACCGGGGGCAGCUGAUUCAGCAGCCGUGAUAUCAGCGUGCAGCAUUUCCUGGGGAUUACAGAAUAGCUGGGGAGAUGGAGCCAAAGCUGCGCGCCCAUGGGAUGUGUGCUGGGGUUGCAAAUAUUUACAAACUUGAAGCGAUCAAGAGGCCUGAGGCUCCAUCCAAGAGAUGGACGAAUUGUCUCAGUUUUCUCAACCAAAACCUGAAUUUGCAUCCCCUUGCUGGGUGUUCCUGAGCAGAUGAGCCUUCACACAGCCUCAUGUGUGGGAUGUGCUGCCACAGCCCUGCUUUGCUGCAGGGAAGGGUGAUCCCAGCUGCAUCUGGGGACACUGCCACCAGGUUGGGCCCCCCCUGGAGCAGUUGCUGCUGCAGGAUCCUUGUGUUUUGUGCCUUUGUUUCUCUCAAAAGAUAAGAGCCUGGAGCAGGGAGCCAGGGAGUAGCCCCACAGCCCUCUUCCCAGGCUGGGGAUCGGGAAGGGGCUGGUGCAGAGUGAACCCCCCCCAGCCCUGCUCCAGCCUGUCCUGCCCCAGCUCGCAGUGCCCGUGCCCCACUCAGACAAGUUCUUUCCGCUUCGGAUUGUUGCUGCUCGCGGCGGAUUUGGCUGCAGUCCCCGCAUUCCUUCCAGGCUAGCGCUGCCCUGGGCCCAGGCCAAGCCCUGCUGCUAUCGCUGGGAGCAGCCGGGCGCAAUUCUGUGCGGCCCUACCAGCCAGGCUGGCCCCACUGAAGCUUGUGUGCAGAAAUGUUGGUCUUGAGGGCCUUGAGUCUCCCGCUCUGGGGGCAGCUCUGCUGUGCACUGUCCUGGAGGGAUCUGUCUCCUGGCUCUACCCUCACUGCAGUGCCCAUGAGUCCCCUGGAGGCAGGACCUCUGCCUGAUCCCUGGGGCUGAUGCAGAUGGGCUGUCCCAUACCUGGGAGCAGCCCUGGCCCUCCAAACCUCGAGCUGGACUGGUCAUGGGCCCUGGGUGCCCGGCCCUGGGGAGGAGCUCUCUGGAUGGAGCUCUUACAAAGGGUAGGUGGAGGUUAAGGAGAGGGCUGAGUGUGCUUCUCAGGAAGGGAGUGCUCAGUAUUCAUCCCCAAGGGCUGAGUGCACUUUCCUUUACCCCUUGGCCACACUCCAGCCUACAUGUCCCACUGCUCGGCCCAGCUGUGCAGCUCCAGACUGGAGCACGGUGGGCAGGCAUCCUUUCCAGAGCCCAGUGCUCAGCCCUCAGUAUCAGAACGGCUUGGGUUGGAAGGGAUCUUAAAGCCUACACAGCUGCAACCCCUGC